AAUUAUUUUUUAUCAUAAAUUUUAUUUAUUAAAUUUUGAUUUCUUAAAGUAUUUUUGACUAAAAACUAAAAUAUAAAAUUUUGUCUUUUAUCAUAUAUUCCUUUUUUCUAGUAUUUGACUGAGAAAAAAAAAUGAAAAUUAAGGCAUACGAGUCAAUUAAGGUUUUCAAGUCUUAAAUAAUUUAAACUUAAUUUUAGUCUAAAUAUUAAUAUAAAAAUCAUAAUUAUAUAGAUGAAAAUUUUGUAAUUUAAAUAUUUUAUUUUUAUCGACUAUGGUCUAUAGUCUCAUGCGUAUAAAAAAGGUAGUAGAAAAUAACACAAAGCCCAUAUGAAAGAUUUGAGGCCUAAAGAUAUAUCCAACGGCCCAUCUAACCAGCUUGAAUAUCCAUUCUCUAUCUUUCUCUUCCCUCUAAAAACAUUUCGACAUUCUCGACAAGAUCGUCUUGUUCGGUUAGGGUUCCUCGCCGAACCAACCAUUGAUCAUCUUUGUGUAAGUGUUUCCAAAGAGCCAUGGAGAGUGGGAAACGAAACAGAGAAGACAUGGAAGUGCAAACCACUCACAGGAAGCCACGUGUACUGCUCGCUGCAAGCGGAAGCGUCGCGGCUAUCAAAUUCGGCAACCUCUGCCAUUGCUUCACAGAGUGGGCUGAAGUGAGAGCCGUCGUAUCGAAAUCGUCUCUGCCUUUCCUCGACAGACUCUCUCUCCCACGGGAGGUGACUCUGUACACUGAUGAAGACGAGUGGUCAAGCUGGAACAAGAUCGGUGAUCCCGUGCUUCACAUUGAUCUCAGACGCUGGGCUGAUGUUUUGGUCAUUGCUCCUUUGUCUGCUAACACGUUAGGCAAGAUUGCUGGUGGGCUGUGUGAUAAUCUUCUGACUUGUAUCAUACGAGCUUGGGAUUAUAGCAAACCGCUUUUCGUUGCACCGGCGAUGAAUACUUUAAUGUGGAACAAUCCUUUUACAGAAAGGCAUCUGUUGACGCUUGAUGAGCUUGGAGUCACACUCAUUCCUCCCAUCAAGAAGAGAUUGGCGUGUGGGGACUAUGGUAACGGCGCAAUGGCUGAGCCUUCUCUUAUCUAUUCCACUGUCAGACUCUUCUGGGAGUCCCAGGCUCAUCAGCAAAGUGGUGGAACAAGUUAAGGUUUCCACUUUGUAGUUGCAUUGGUUGGUGGUUCUGUUUUCACUAUCAUAGAUAUAAAUGCUCUAAUAAUGAAGCAUAUGAUCUUUGGGGUUGUUUUUAAAUUUCUAAACGCAUUCUACAUUUGUAUUAAUGUAUAUUAAACUCAAUUUCAUGGUACAUGGACA